AUGUCGGGAAUAUCGCUGGCGGUGGCGCCGCGGUCUGACCCGGACAACGGGGCGGAGCGGCAGCCGUCGUCGGCGAUGCUCGGGGGCGUCAUGGGCUCGCUCCGCGUCAUCGAGCUCCAGCUCGUCGCCUUCAUCAUGGUCUUCUCGAUGUCAGGCCUCGUCCCGCUCAUCGACCUCGCCUUCCCGGUCGUCACCACCCUCUACCUCCUCGCCCUCUCCCGCCUCGCCUUCCCUUCGCUCCACAGCAAGCUCGACGACGAAGCCGCCGCCGCCCACUCCGCCGCGUCCCAGGAGAUCUUCCGCGGAAGCAAGCUGUUUCAGGUGUAUGUGGUGAUGGGCACCACGGUGGGGCUGUUCCUGCCGCUGGCGCACGUCCUGGGCGGGUUCGCGCGCGGCGACGACGCCGCCGUGCGCUCCGCGACGCCACACCUGUUCCUGCUCUCGUGCCAGAUCCUCACGGAGAACAUCGUGGGCUCGCUCGGCGUCUUCUCGCCGCCGCUGAGGGCACUGGUGCCGCUUCUCUACACGGUGCGCCGCGUCUUCGUCAUCGUCGACUGGGUCUACGAAGUGUGGACCAACAAGCUCAUCACCCGCACCGCCCCCGUUCAGGAUAAGGCCUGGGUGUGGUUCGGCAGGUACCUCGCGGUGGCGAACUUGGUCUACUUCUCCACCAACCUGUUCGUCUUCCUCAUACCCAAGUUUCUCCCCCGCGCGUUCGAGAAGUACUUCCACACGCGCGACGAGGUGUACGCCAAGACGGCGGAGGACAAGCGAGCAAGGGAUCUGUCCUCGCUCGAUGAUGACGGUGCGGCAAAAUCGGAGGUCUCCAAGAAGGCCGACUGA